AUUUAAAGCACUUGGGGAGCUUCGUUCUCCCUAAUUCUAUUGGAAGGUUAAAGAAUCUUAAACAUUUGUUAUUAUUUGAAUGCAAGAAUCCACAUGAGCUUUCGGACUUCACGGGGGAACUUGAAUCAUUGGUUGAGUUGGAUUUAAAACUUUCGGGGUCCACUUUCCCUAAUUCCAAUAAAAGGUUAACGAAUUUGACGCAUAUAUCUUUUUCUAUAGGCGAUAGUAUCAUUGAGCUUGUGCGCUCUAUUGGAGAACCAAAAUCAUUGGUCAAGUUGGAUUUAAAACUUCCGCAAAUCUCCGUUCUCCUUGCUUCCAUUGAAAAGUUUACGAAUUUAACGCAUUUGUCUUUUUCAAGAUGCAUUUAUCUAUAUGAGCUUCCAAACUCUAUUGGGCAAAUGGAAUUAUUGAUUGAGUUGGAUUUAAAAUUCUCGAGAGUCUCCUUUCUCCCUGAUUCUAUUGGAAACUUGAAGAGACUAAAAGUCUUAAAGGUGGCAUACACAAAGAUACGCAUGAUACCUUAUGCUCUUGGAGGGGUGGGGACACUUGAAGAGCUUGAUGCCUCUUUUUGUCCGCAUCUUGGGGAUGAAAUCCCGUGGGAAAUGUGGAGCCUCACUCGUUUGAGGAUCUUGGACUUAGAUGGCAGCCCAAUCGCUACAAUGCCGAGAAGGAUCAAUGGUUUCUCUAGUCUCAAAACGCUUAAAAUUGCAAGCCACCGGCUUUCCCCUUUGCCAAAACUUCCCUUGAGUUUGAAAUUCCUUGCGGUUGUAACUGCUCAAUUCCCUAUUCUUCCCGACCUCUCGAGCCUAAUCCAUUUACAUCAUCUCAAAGUGCGUAAAGAACGAUGUAUGACACUUUGGAUCCCACAGGAGGUUACCUCACCUUGGAAGGACAUGUCCAUUAAUCAGCUUCCAUUUAGCUUAUCAACCUUGAAACUUCACUCUAUCCCGCAAUUGCUGGAUAUUUCUGACUUGCAAAGCUUGUCGAUUCUCUCUAUCAGUGAAUGUUUAACGCCAUGCUUGCCCAAUGUUUCGCACUUGAAGAGGCUACAAGAGUUACGGCUCAAUGACUUCCCCCAACUGACAGAGAUUCCAGGUUUGGGAGAGCUGGAAACACUGAAGUUUUUACACAUUUCCAUGUGUGAUGUGAUCAAACAAUUGCCUAACCUGUCAAAGUUGAAAAAUCUACUGCGUCUUGAGCUAAAACACUGUGCGAAGUUAAGAGCCGUCGAAAGCUUGAAAGAGUUGAAUCUUUUGGAGUAUGCAGAGAUUAGAAAUUGCAUGUCCCUGGAAAUGUUACCUGAUAUCCCGACAUCCACCAAACUGGAGACAGAUUGGAUGCCGCCAGAACCUACAGAACACACCAUUCGGGCGGCCAAGCGAUUGCAACUUUCGUUGGACUAGUAUGAAAGAGCUGGCUUGGAAUAAAGACUAGGAAAGAGUUGGCCGCGAAUAUUCAGAGUUUUGAAGCCCUGCACGUGGAAUAAGAACCAAAUUUGCGGCCUCGCAUGUGGAAUAAAGCCAAAUUUGCAUCACCCAUUCACCACCGACAUGAAGUAAUCCAGGUGUCCUCAUGUCACUUCUUGUGCCAUCUAUUAUAUUUCUUGAUGAUGUUAAAGUGAUGUUUGCUUUCUCAUAUUAAAUUAUCGUGAUGCAUGAACUUGUUGUGCUUGAAGAAUGGAUAAUUAUGUAUGGCUUUAGAAGUAUUCAAUACCAAUUUCUGUGACGUCAAGCGCAUUAGCCACCACGUCAUGUCUUAGUGUUUGUGGCUUUACCAAUGAAAGACUAAAACUAUUCCAACUUGUCAUCCAUCACACAUUUGCUGAACAACAACAGGUACUUCUGCAAUUACCAAAUCCACUUAUUGAAUUUGUGAUUCCACAUGGCCAACGAGUUGAAUCAGCUAUUAAGGACUUAUUUUACAUUUAAUGUUCAAAACAACACAUAUUGAUGAUUUACUUUGAAGUGAUAAUUUAGUUACUCAGAAUUGAUCGGGCUGAGAUGACAUGUUUACUAUCAAAGCAAAAACUGUUUGUUUGAGUCCACUAAUGAUUAAAGAAAAUAGUAAAUCAUCAAUGUGAAAUUGAUAAGCUUAUGAAAAGGUCAAACUGAAAAAAAGGAAUUGCUUGCCCUGAUCCGAACAUAUUUGCCAUUUGAGCUGAUGGCGAACUAGAUUUAGGUGGGCCAGGCCACAAAGCCGGUGAUCACCUAUAUGCAUGAUCACCCUGUUGAGUCUCAUUAUAUUGGAAAGGUAAAAUUAGUUUGCUGCGCAAAAACAUAUUCAAAAUGUUACAUAACCAGCGCCGACAAAAACAAAGGUCUUUGCAAAGAGCAUUAUGAAAUUGGCAGAUGUCUGAAAAGUUAAAAGUUUAGACCGUGGACGGUUUUAUCAGAGUAUGACCUUAAACUCCAAGUGCGCAUGUUUUUUGUUAUCCUCUCGUCUGGCAGUUCAGUAUUAAGAUUCUGCCUCUCCUAAUCUUCAUAAGCGUAUUUCACCUUGUAUAGCACGCUCUGUUGUCUCAAACACCAGAUCAUGCGUAACUGCAAUCAAUAACUUGCUUCAAGGGCAUCUUGUAUGGGAUCAUGUGCAAGGUCUAGAAACUGAGUUAAUAAAAUCAGGCUAUCUGCAAGUCUAGCAAUAGAGUCCGGAAGCCCCGUAUAAUUGAUUGUUUUGGCUGAAAUAAUCACGUAACUGCUAGUAUGUAUUAGGGAGUGUUGUUGGUUCUCUUCUCAUGAUCAUGAGGUCGUUUAUGGACAUAAAUACUCGGUAUUAAGGCUUAGGCAGCAAAACCGUGCAAGAAGCCAGUUUUGAGACAAUGCCAUGAAAGCCGACGACUGUUGUCCUUUCCCUGGAUAACCUAGAUGUUUGCUAAAGUAUCUCAUCAGAUUUCGAUCUGGUAAGUUCCUUGCAGGCAGAAGUAUUGAGUCUUGAUCCUAAAGAAAUCAAUGUUCCAUUUGUUAGGGGUCUUGUAGGAGCGACAACUUCACUCUUUACC